CUUUGACUCUUGCAACAUCCAAACGCUAGACAGAGACACCUGCAAAAAGCAUGCCAAUAUGCUUUCUAUAUUGCGAAAGGCAAGGCUGAAGGACAAGGAAAUGAGAAUCCUGAUGCUAGGGCUUGAUAAUGCAGGCAAAACAACCAUUGUCAAGAGGAUUAUGAAUGAGGAUAUCACCACUGUUAGCCCAACGCUGGGCUUUAUCAUCAAAUCUAUUGAUUUCCAAGGGUACAAGUUAAACAUAUGGGAUGUUGGAGGGCAAAAGACAUUGAGGUCGUACUGGAGAAAUUAUUUCGAAAAAACCGACGCUUUGAUCUGGGUGGUUGAUGCCACGGAUCGCCUCCGAAUCGACGACUGCAGAGAGGAACUUGCUGGGCUUCUGCAAGAGGAGCGACUUAUGGGCGCUAGCUUGCUUGUCUUUCUGAACAAGAUCGAUGUCGAAGGGGGCAUGGGCAAAGAUGAUAUUCGAGAGGCGCUACAGCUUGAUGCGAUCAAGACUCACAAGUGGACAAUAUUCCCAUGCAGUGCAAUGACAGGCAGUAACCUGAACGAGGGGCUCGAAUGGGUAGUGCAAGAUGCGAAGGACAGACUUUUCCUUUACUGAUCCAUUUAUCUUUUUUUGGAUACCAUUUUUUCGGGAGAUGAGACACUUAUAUUAUAUUACACAGUACAGCCUUCUAGAGCCGCCCGCUUGGAUGCUCGGCUUCAAAGCCUCACCUGCUCAGAUCGAGGGGAGAAAUUGAUGCAACAUGUUGCAGAGCGCUUUACUUCGCACGUCAAAAUUUUUCAGCCCUCCCGCCGUUUUCGUUCUUCCGUUUCCUAUAUUUAUGACAUCCUUCUCUCCGAGAGCCCCUCCCUACCGAAGCUUAAAAAAAGCGCGAACGGAGGAGAACUUUAAAUGAACAACCAUCACGUUUCCAAAGCUCAGCAAGUUGACAAUUAUAAUCACACCAGAAUCAAACUAGCGAACGCAUGAGAGCCGUUUCAAAACCAGUUGCCCAGAAUUGGCUGCUAUCCCUGAAGUCCGACAUGGACAACGCGCUGCUAGCUCGUUACAGACCUCUUGAAUUUUGUAGUUAACUUAUCUGUGAUCUGGUUCCUGGCUGGUCUUUUGGUCGGCACGAUUCAGGCAGGACCAUGGGUUUGCGAGGGGGAAAGUGUAUAUAUAUUCUAAUCAUCCGAACAGCUUGUCCCAGUAGUAUUUCUUCUACAUAAUAAUUAACCAGCUUUGGAGCUGUAAACACCA